GAAACAUCUAUGGAAAAUUUCUGGAAACAGGGAGGAGGGAUUCAAACCCAGGUUUUCAAGUAUUGGACAAACACCCCCAACCACUACACUACUCUACUUGUUGGGGUAUCUUUUCCAUCUUUUGCACUUUUAUCAUGGGGAUGAAGACCAAGUCAGAAAAUUUUCUCUACGACAAUACAUGCAUUGAACUCCACGCAGUAAAAUAUAAGUAGCUGGUCUCUGCAUGUCGAUGAUCCACCAUCCGUCAAAUCUUCACUCCGCAUCUCCGCCACCCGCCGCCGUCCCUACUGGUCGCGACGUCGUCGCCGUUAACAGAUUUAUUCAAGUCCAAGAACCGCCAUUUAUCCCCUGUAAUUCUUUGCUUCGCUUCUAGAAGGUGGAAAAGGAGAAGUCUUGGGGCCAAAACUUAUCCUUCAGUGGUGGGUGUGGGCGGUACGUGAUGCAGUAGAUAGGAGGGGCGCAUGCAAGUUGUCCCUUAUUCCAACAUGGUAUCAGAGCAGCGGAAGUUCACCUACGCUGUUGCACUUUCCGGUGCCGGAGAAGUCAAUGAAGCGACGCCGACAUCUGAAUCGCGAGUUCAUUCAUUCCGCAGAGGAAUCUCUCACCAAGUUCAGAGGAACUACUUCGAGGAAGUAGACAAUCCUUUGAUUAUCAACAGCAACGAUAGCCCCUGUGCAAUCCUAGUGAAUCCGCAGAGGAUUCUGAGUUCGGAGACGUCCGUAGCCGAUCCGCAGCGGAAGGUGAUCCAAGGAUGUCCGUCAAUUCCGAUCACUCGAUCUCCAGUCCGGUCAGCAUCGGCAACGAUUCCGCAGAGGAAUCUGAAUUCGCAGCGGCAGAGAAGCCAAAAUCCAGAAGGUGUGGAUAAUCUGAUUGCUCGAUCGUCAGCUCGAUCAACAUCGGCAACGAUUCCGCAAAGGAAUCUGAGUUCGGAGCAGCUGACCUCCAUAGCCGUUCAACAGAUGAAGUCGAUUCAAGUAGUUCGUCGGACAUUUCGGCGCUACAUUUUAGAAGUUCUCUUCAAUGGCCUGCGACGCUUGGAGUACCGCGGCUACGAUUCCGCCGGGAUUUCCAUUGAUGCGACCUCCGCUGCUGUCCCUGCUCCUCUCGUCUUCCGCCAGGAGCGUCUUAACAGUGACCACUAUGGUCUGGUCAAGGUUAAGCAGAGGAUAAUAGAGUACCUAGCUGUUCGCAAGCUGAAAUCAGAUGCAAGAGGUCCAAUAUUGUGUUUUGUUGGUCCACCUGGUGUUGGGAAGACAUCUCUAGCAUUAUCUGUUGCUGCUGCUUUGGGCAGGAAAUUAGUACGCAUUUCUCUUGGUGGUGUCAAGGAUGAGGCUGAUAUAAGAGCACACAGGAGGACGUAUAUUGGAAGCAUGCCAGGGCGUCUAAUUGAUGGAUUGAAGAGAGUAGGAUCUGAUGUACGGGGGGAUCCUGCUUCAGCACUUCUUGAGGUCCUUGAUCCUGAACAGAACAAAACUUUCAAUGAUCUCUAUCUGAGCGUUCCAUUUGACCUCUCAAAAGUAAUAUUUGUGGCAACUGCAAAUAGGAAGCAACCUAUUCCUCCUCCACUCUUGGAUAGAAUGGAAGUCAUUGAGUUGCCUGGGUAUACACCAGAAGAAAAACUUAAAAUAGCAAUGCGGCAUUUAAUUCCAAGAGUUCUCGAUCAACAUGGCUUAAAUGCUGAUUUCCUUCAAAUUCCCGAGUGUAUGGUUGAAGCUGUUUGUACUUAUAUUGAGCAAGAUCGCCCAUUCCUGGGAAUUUGUCUUGUCCUGGGAAUGGUUGAUUUCUGGGUUGUUCACAAUGAUGUUAUCACCAAUUAUGAGGCAUUGAAAGAGACUCUCAUCCGACAUGAUUUCACCUUUGAAUCAGAAACAGAUAAAGAGGUGAUCCCAAAGCUUGCAAAGUUUGUAUUUGAUAAAGCUAAUGAAGAAGGUGGUGAAAGUGUGCCAUUCAGUCAAGUUGUGCUUGAAGUAAUGAGACAUCUAGAAGGAGCUUAUGCUCUCAUAUUUAAAAGUCGGCAUUACCCAAAUGAGUUGAUUGCCUGCAAACGUGGUAGUCCACUUGUUCUUGGUGUGAAAGACUUUGAAGAAGAGGCUGCCAUUGGAGCAUCAUUUAGUGAUCCUAAAUUUCCCUCAAGCAAUGGGCAACCAAAAGAGUUAUUCUUGUCUAGUGAUGCCAAUGCUUUAGUUGAACACACCAAGAAGGUUUUGGUAAUUGAGGAUGGUGAAGUCAUUCAUAUUAAGGAUGGAGGUGUGUCAAUUUAUAAGUUUAACCAGACCAAGAAACAGCAUGGUGGUACUCUUACUAGGUCUGGUUCUGUUCAACGUACCUUGUCCAUUCUUGAGAUGGAAGUGGAGCAGAUAAAUAAAGGAAAAUAUGAGCACUAUAUGCAGAAAGAAAUCCAUGAGCAACCAGAACCUUUGAUACAGGGAGGAUCAUGUAAACCCAAGAGUGUACUAUUAGGGGGCUUGAAGGAUCACCUCAAAACUAUAAGGAGAAGCCUAGAUUUGCAGUAG